GGGCGAGCGCGAGCGGCGUGCGGUGACCGUCACUGUUCAGCGUGCAGCAGCGUUAUCAAUACGGAAACCUGGACUGCUUCCUCAGAAAGGGCUCUCCAGCAGAGGGCACAGGGAAAUUUGAUGCAGCCCCUGCACGUCCACCCUGUCGGCGCACUGUAUCUGCUGUGCGAGUAACUCCUUUGAGGACCAUGAAGAGUUCCCCUGAUCUCAUGCCUACUGUGCUGGACCCUACCCGUGUUUGCAAGGGCAAGGGUGCUGUUACUUUGAGGGCCACACUAGUGCACAUCGAUGAUGAGGACAGCACAAGCCAAGAGCUAUCCAAGAACGCUGCCAAAAGUGGAUGGCUUGGUGCGGUCAAUGGAGAUGCCACAGAAACAAAUCUGGCUGAGAGAAGUGUAAACAACACCGGAGCUGAUUUAAAUUCAACUCAAGUCAAUGAGACACCAACAAAGGUGGACUCACCUGUAAGUGAGAGUCAGUCUCAGCUCACGUCCUGCCUUGAUCAGCUGAGUGCUAUUACCUCAUCAGCCAAAGUGUCCUCUUCAUAUCCCCCCACCAGCAGCAUCAACCCAACAAUCGUCUUGCUGCAGCACAGCAGAGAAGCUGUGGCGGAGCAGGGCAGUGGCUCUAAUCGGAGCCCUGCAGUCAGCCAGAAUAAAUAUUCCUCUGAGACUCCAGCAGACAUGGAAGGAAAGAGAAUGAGACUGUCUGAACAUUCAGCUAUCCCAGCACCCAGAGUCCCAGUACGGAACACAGAGCUGUCAAAGGACUGGUACAGAAACAUGUUCAAGCAGAUUCACAAAGUCCCAGAGCGUGUCGAAGAAAAUCCAUAUCGUCCCACCUACAUAUUUCCAGAGAGCAAUGACAGGCCACUGAAAACCAGAGAUGACAGGCCAUCAUAUGGUGGUGAGGAUGUGCGGGCAGUCCCUCGCUCCAAGAGUGCUGUAGACAUGGGGAGCUCCAGAGGACAGCUGCCUGUGCCAACACGCACAUCUUCCCUAAAUCCUCAGAGGAAUGAGUGGGAGCCCCCUGACAAGAAAGUAGACACCAGGAAGUACCGCGCCGAGCCCAAGAGCAUAUUUGAGUACGAGCCAGGAAAGUCUUCAGUGCUGAAGCUGGAGAGACCGACUCAGGACAUAAGUCCAGAAGAUGUAGAUUUAGAGAAUGAGCCUUGGUAUAGGUUCUUUUCUGAGAUGGAGUUUGGCAAAGCGCUGCAUCACACUAAGAGUGCCCCCUCUUUCAGCCCCUUGGAAACAUCUUCCGACCUUCAGCAAUACUCAGCCUGUAAAGCAGGCAACGGUGAAGUGGAGAAGAAGGACAGCUUGUCUGCCAGUGGGCAGGCAGCUCCGGAAUGUGAUCGGCACAUUUACAAGAGUGUCCUGGAGGGUGGCGACAUCCCACUGCAGGGCCUGAGAGCGCUUAACAAGCGUCACCCCAGCACUUCUUCUAAAGUGGAUUAUAAAGGUGGGAAUGGCUGUAUGAUUUCACCCUGCUCUUCUGUAAAUACUCACUCAGUUCUUGCCACUAAUGCACUAGCUUCUCAAAAUAAGACUAAAAAGUCCUUGUCUGCUGCCAAAGCCUGCAUCCCUCAAAUCCUUCCCUCCAAGUUUAAACCCAAGCUAUCGGCCUCUACCGAUGAGAGCCUGGAAAGACGGACGGAGCCGACACAGCAGCGGCCUAAAGCACACAGCUGCGAGGAUCUGCAUCACGAGGCUUGUGGCUCACGCAAUGGAGAUACGACAGACGCCGAUCACAGGUUAAAUUCAGCUUGCAAGUGCCACAGUUCACCUGAGAGCAGGAACCUGCAUAAAAAUGGACCUGCUGUGGGAUCUGUGAGGAGCACGACCGAGUUUUCCACCCUCUAUCGGAACAUGCACAACAUUCAGAGGCCGAGCUCCCUGGGCUCCAGCCCCCACGGUAGUGUCCGUUGCCUGGCUUCCUUUUUUGAGAAGCCGGUGGACGACAUUACCCUGGAGAGGACUGAGAUCAUCCCCCGGGAUGCUGUCACGUUUCGGGUGAUGGAGUUUGAGCGUAUCAUUCAGCGUUCGAACUCUGCGCCCACUCGAUCCGCCUCGAUGCCCAUACUCCCUAGUAACCCAAGUCCUUCCCACAGCCCUACACCGACCUGCUUCCUCCAGUCUGCUCUGUCAGCUGAGACUCUAGUCUUGCCAGGGCCUGCAAACACUGAGGACUGUCCAGCCAUGAAUACAGAGGCCCAGACCCCCAAAGAGGAAGCUUCUGUAUCGGACGAGUGCCCAAACACCUCAAGAACUGACUUCCCAUUGGAUCUAAAUGAGGGCAAAUCGGAAGAGAAAAACAGUUGCAUUCAUGAUCCUGCCAAAGAGACGCCAUCCGGCGGUACCUCAGAACCCACAGGUCACCAUCACCACGAUCACUUCCCCUUCCACACCAAACAAAGCAAGUGUAAAGGCACCUGCCCGGCUUCCUACACACGUUUCACCACAAUCCUCAGGCACGAGCGCCAACAGGCCAACACCCAGCAGGAGAAGAAGUGCACUCCCCCCAGGAACUUGCUUCUGAUGGGACCAGCGCCUUUCUCCUUACGGAGGUCCCUACACAGUCAACAGGCCAAAAAGACUUGCGCUCUCUCUGCCAUGAAGCCCAUGACGGGAGAUGUCAUCUCGGCCAAGCUGAAGCCUUUGAUUCCCCAGCGCCUGUCCUCUUUGGAGGUGCUGGAGAGGCUCAGUAAUGGAGAGAGCUCUCCCUGUGAGGGGUGCAACUCGGAUGACCUCAUGGAUGUGGAGGGCUCAGAAGCCAGUAAAGAUCACUCUGAAGAAUCCGAUUCCUCACAUCCAUUAAGCCAAGGAGAUCAUGGAGAAAACUCAGACGAGGCAGUCCGGAAACGCUACGGAGAUAAAGAGAAAAUUCUGGAAGAGCAGAGACGUUUAAAGCGAGAGCAGGAAGAGGCAGACACAGCUGCUCGGAGACAUGCUGGGCUGGUUGUGACUCAUCAACAGUUCAUUACUAAUGACCGCUUCGGCGACCUGCUGGUUAUUAAUGAGAAAGAGAAGAGAAAAACCAUAGAGAGGACUCCUGCUCUGGCUCGAUUUGACUUCAGAGCAGAAAGUUUAAAGGAACUACCAUUUCAAAAGGGAGAUAUUGUAUACAUCUACCGGCAGGUUGAUCAGAACUGGUUUGAGGGAGAGCAUCAUGGGAGAGUUGGGAUUUUUCCGCGUAACUACAUUGAGAUCUUGCCCCCUACAGAAAAGGCUCAGCCCAAAAAGAGUGCUCCGGUCCAGGUGUUGGAAUAUGGAGAGGCUAUUGCUCGGUUCAAUUUCACUGGUGACACUGCUGUUGAAAUGUCUUUCAGAAAGGGGGAGCGUAUUACACUGAUUCGCAGAGUAGAUGAGAACUGGUAUGAAGGCAAAAUUUCUGGCACUAACCGGCAGGGCAUCUUCCCCCUCACCUACAUAGAGGUGCACAAGAGACCCCGAGUGAAAAAUGGAGUGGACUACCCUGAUCCCCCUAUCAGCCAGUCACCUCACCGGAGCACUAAUGCCUCUCCACAGCCAUUAAGAAAUGAUGUAGAAUAUUACGGGCGAUCUUCAAGAAGUCCUGUCAUGCUGUUUGACAUUCAAGACAACAACAUGAAUGCCAAUUCAUUCACGGAGGCAGUGUGUAAUGAGAUCAUGAAUAUUGCAGAGACCUCAGUGAGGUACUGCAGCACUUUGUCACGCCCUAUAGACUCCGCCCACCGACUCCUGCCUCCUCCCAGUAAACACUCUCUCAUCAUUUCCCAGCAACCCCUGUCCCAGAGCAGCAGUCCUGUGCCUGGUCGCAUGAGCUGUGGGAUAUUUCAGGCUUUGUACAAUUACAUGCCUCAGAAUGAUGAUGAGUUGGAGCUGCAGGAAGGAGACCUGGUCAGUGUCAUGGAGAAAUGUGAUGAUGGCUGGUUUGUGGGUACAUCCAAGAGGACAAAACAGUUCGGCACUUUCCCAGGAAAUUAUGUGAAAGCUGUUAAUUUGUGACAUGAUACUUUUGAAGAAAUUAUGGUUUGUAUGAAGAGAUUCUAACACUAUGCUUAAGCAGCCUGAUCCGUUUGGGACACUCUACCAGUUGACGUCAAAUGAAGACUAUUUCUCCCCUCCAAAAUUUGGUCUUUCCCAGAUGAAUGUCCAGGUAUGUGGUCAGUAAGGUGUGCGGCAUGUCAGAGAAGAACAUGCAGUUCAACAGUGCUACAGUGGCAGCAUUUGUUGAAGGAUUUAGAAGAAUACAUUGUUUUAGCUUUUUUUAAAUGUUCAGACUCCGCUAAAAGCCAUUGAUAUGAAGUAUAUCAGACUUGGAAAAGGUGUUUAAGUUUACAGCUACGAAUUGUACAACUUCAUCGCAUACCUGACAUUACUGAAAAACAUGAAAUUCUACUAUUUAUUUUUGCUAUAAAAGUUUGAUGGACUUUGAGUGUGACUGUUAGAGAUGACAGUGUAUUGAAAGCACCUGAAGGUGUCCGUAUUAAGGGUUACAGGUCAGAGAAGCUGUGAAAGGAUCAGAAGUUCGGUUUAGCCAUUUUGAAAAGUGUUUAAAUUUCAAUUUACACUCCCAUUGUGUAAAAAAUGCAUAUUUAUGGAGCUUUUUUUUUAUCAUACUUUCAUAAAGAGUAUGUAAAUUUCUAUUACGAUGAGGGCUCAAAGUUUGAGACAAAAACAUUAGUAUUUGCGAAUCCAAGCAAAGCUAUUUGUAGACAUCAAAAUUAUGUAAAUCAGUUUUGGUCAUGUUAAGGAGGAUAACGUCACAGCACUUACUGUACUCUCAGAUUAUACUGACAUACAAAUUUAUGGCAACACUUUACAGUAAGGUCUGAUUUGUUAACAUUUGUUAAUUGGAUGAGACAUUAAACCGAGGUCCUGACUUUGUGUGGGUGUAAAAAAAAAAAUCCUAGGAUGUCCCACGAAAAGAGUAACUUGGUGCUCUGAAUGUAGAGAAAAGCGCUAUAUAAAUGUGACAAAUUAUUAUUAUUAUUUAUUUUAAUACAUUAACA